CGCCACGUAGACCUAGUCUUCUGUCACGUUGCAUACGUUUUCAAACAAACUACUAAAUAUUUAUAUUUGUCUGCUUGUUCUCAUAUAUUAAAUACACGAAAAAACUAGACACCAAGACCAAUGCUCGCUGCCUCUUCCUCCUGCAGCUUAAUGCAUUAAUCCCGAUCUUCGUUACAGCUAGCAAUGUCGAUCGCAGAAGCAUUACUAAAGACAGAAACGCAGCUGGCCUGACUUGUCACACUGCUUGUACUCCCUCGUCUAUCUACUCUGUUCAAGACAACUCUUGGUACCAUCAAAUAGUUGUUGCCAUCCUGCCAUUGUUGCCAGUUGAGUCACUGGUCACCGUCCUCACGACAGGAACUUGACGAUCGGAACCAGUGAGAAAUUUAGCCGAAGCAUUACCCCGCAGUGAAACAGUGCCAAGAGGAAUCAGUAAUCAACCAUAUUAGGGAAUUAUUCUCCUCAGAAGUGUAAUACCAUUUAUUCAUUAUGAAAAGAAUUACAAUCGGUUUUAUACUAAUCUCAUUGGUCUACGGUGAAAUUUGUAAACUAGAUGAACAAGAACUAACAGAAUUAGAAAAAUCCUUCAAUGAAGCAGAAAUUUAUAUGAGAAGAGAAGCUUCAAAUGAAAAUGCAGCGAUUUGUAUAGGAACCACAAGGGCAGGGAAAAGUACUUUAAUUAAUUACUUAAUAGGCAAUGAGCUAAAGGCCGUCAGAUUUUCAAGAUAUGGCGAUAUUAAAAUAAUUAAAGCAGACAAUCGAUCCAUUGGACCGGAAAUUGGUGCUGGACCAACAUCAAAAACGACAAUUCCCACAAAAUGGACAUCAAAAAGAUUGAAUAAUUUGAUAAUUUUUGAUUCUCCUGGAUUUCAAGAUAAUAGAGGACCAAUACAAGAAAUCACUAAUUCUUUCUAUCUCUAUCAAUUGGCGAAAAAUGUUAAUUCCUUAAAAUUUAUUUUAGUUAUUAAUUUUGCAGAUAUUGAACGAGACAUUAUUACACCAUUCAUGAACCUUUUACUUGAUUUUGAUAAUUUUUUUGGAAAUAAGUUCAAAGACUUUUUUCAAAGCAUAUCAGUGAUUUUUUCAAAAGUGCCCUAUGAAAUGUAUGACACAGAAGUUGAUAUUGAAAUGAUUAAACACUUAUUGAAAACAAAAGCUUAUCUAGCAGGGAAAACAUCUUCCAAUAAUGUAAAGGAUUUUCUUUCUUAUAUAACGGAAAAUAAUGAUAGUAUUGCAUUAUUCAAAACAUUAGAAGAAACAGGAACUAUUUCCGAUGAUAUCGAAUUAAAUAUUUUCUCAUCUAUUAAUAACUCUAAAAGUGUAAAUAGAAGCGUUCUUCAAAGUAUUUCUCCAAGUAUUUCGCAUUAUUCUUUUCUUUGCCUGCUCCAAUCAAAAAACAAAUGGGUAUCAAUGGCUGAAAUUAAUGAAAUACAGGAAUCUUUAUUUCUCACAUUAACUGAAAUGCUCUCUGUCCAAAAUAUUUUAACUGAAAAGUUAACUAUUAAUCAAAUAUCAAGUAUUAAAGAGAAGUUAAGUAUUAUUGAAAAUUUACUGAAUAAGUCUAUUGCAAACAAAUCUGAUAUUUACGAGAACAUUGAAACUUUAAAAAAAAUUGAUAUCAAAAUGCAGAAUAAGAUUGAUGAGACUAAAUAUUUAAAAAAAGUUAAAAUAUUUAUGUUUGUUUCGAAUUUAUUACAUUCGAAUGAAAGUGAAGUCUUAAAACUGUUUAAUGAGGGACUAAUGUUAAGAAUGCAUGCUGUAGUAAAGGAAAACGAAGUAAUGAAAAACUUGGAACAACUUUUAAAGAAUCGUCCAAUUAUAAAGGAGGAAAAAAAGACUUCACUUUGGGUAAAAGUCGGAAAAUAUCUAUUAGUUUUUUUUACUACAAUAUUAAUUCCAUUCGCUAUACCCCUUUGGACAACAUCUAUACCUACUGUAAAAGAGACUUGUUUUUAACAUAAAUGCAGCACAAAGUGGUGAAUUUCUGCACAUUUAAAAGUGUACUUUCCUGCACACUUUCCUGUAAACAGUAUAAUAUACACUAUAAUCAACAUAAAACUAUAAUUAUUGAUUAGAAAAGUAUAAAAAUUACUUUUUUCGGUAAAGAGGUGUUGAACAAAGUACUGUGUGCAACACGUACGAAAGAAGAUUUUCCGACCUCUUGGAAAUUGCUGCCCUCGCUUCGCUCGGAGCAUCAGACUUUGCACUCGUCGGAAAACCGCUUCUUUCUGUACUUGUUGCACAAUAUACUAUUGUAUCGUUAAUUUUCUAAAAUGAAAAAAAAAAUUAAAAAUAAUAUUCAUAAUCAGAAACAUGUGAAUUGGAAUUAGUAUUCCAUAUUAUUUUGUUCACACUUUUACAUAGUUUGUUUUAAAGAUGUAAGAUUUUUAAAUAAAAUUAAAAAA